AUGGCGGAGGCGAGCGCGCUGUUCGGGCGCGCCCCGACCGACGCGAGCGGCAGCCACAGCAGAGGCAGUAGAGGCGGCCCCACCGUGUCGCUGCCCGACGCCGACAGGAGCCACGCGCCGCUGCUGCCCAUCGAGGAGUUUGUGGCCAAGUACCAGGUGAUCAAGGUCUCGUGGAGGGGAAAGUACGAGCGCAUCCUGGCGCUGGCGCCCACGCGCUUCUGCACCAUCGACCCGCGGGACUUCGAGGUCACCAACACGUGGCCGCUCUCGGCGCUGCUCAGCAUCAGCCUCGACGCCUCGGACAGCCAGGGCUUCAUGCUGGCGCUCAAGGGCCCGAAGAAGGACGAGCAGCUCAAGUUGCGCUGUCGCUUCCGCUCGCGGCUGCUGUCGGAUCUGUACCGGCUCAGGGAGCAGAACCAGCAACGUAAGACUGGAGCGGGCUUCCAGUGCUCCAAGUGGUCGAGGAAGGGGGAGACGCUGAGCUGCUCGCUGGACGUGGGCAUGGACGGCGUCACGAUCGCGCAGGAGGGAGCUGUCCGCUCCAAGUACUUGUACACGGAGAUGGAGCACGUGACGCUGCUCGCGGACUCGCAGGUCGCGUUCGUUAUUGGGUACACGGGACGCAGUCGACUGUUCUUCAGUCAGCAGAGAGGGCAGAUCUACCAGCGCAUUCAAGCGGCUGCCGAAGCGAUCGGCUGUAAGAUCAAGGCGAGGGCGAGCGUCACGGCGGAGAAGAUCCAGGAGGAGAGAGGAUACUACGGCUUGAACUAUGGCGAGCCGUUUGUGCAGUUCCACGUGAGAAAGUUGACGCCCAAGUGCAACGACCCGCAGGAACGGAUCCUCUCUCUGCACGAAAAGGCCCUCGUGGAGCUGGAUCGCGAGGAGAAGGUGGUUGCAUGCUACAGCUACGCCGACAUCUACGUGCUUGUGCGCGAGGCCACGAGUGCAGACCAGUUCGACAUCCAGUUCCGCAACGACCAGGUGCGGACGUAUGAGUCCAAGGACCGCGAUGGAGUCUUGAGCGCCAUCUACGACAUUUGUGUCACCUGCGAGGAGAAUCCCGAGUUGUUUAUCAGCGGCGUCGUGAAUCAGCGUGGCUUGCGGUUGUUACCGUUUUCGGCGGUUGAAGAUGCCACCGAGACCCAGUCCUUUUUCAAUGAUUCGUCAAUUGGGAAUUGGUAUCUUCAGCGCAUGUCAUCACUGGGGAAGUUCGGGAACUCGCUGAAAGUUGGCGACAGAGGAUUCGUUGAGAUUGUUGCCGAGUUCAACGCGAAUGUCCCUGCGAGCGGGAUCCCGUACAAUACGAAGCACUCGAUCAUUGCAGACGCGCUUCGACCAAUGUGCGCGCAGCUUUACUAUGUUGCGAAGACGAAGCCUGUGUCGGAACGUGCUGCGGUGACCCUCAUCCAAGCGUUAUUCCGCAUUUCAUCGUCAUAUUACGGUUUCCGCGAAAUUGGACAGGCUGGUCAGAUAUCGGAAACGAUCACCAACCUGCUGAUUAACGGCGAGGAGUUUGUUGUGUUUUGGACUACGUUGCUGCUGAGAAAGUUGACUGCACAUGUAGCGCCAAAGUCAACGGCUCUGGACAAGGCUGCUUUGCGAUAUUGUGAAGAGGUGGAGACGCAUAACAAGAAGGUGUUCCUCGCGAACACAUAUUUAACGCAGUCUCUGAUCACGCAUCUAGAAGAUAUUGACGUGGAACCAGGUAGCAAGAAUACGAGUCAGAAACCGAGAGCUGGCCCUCUUGUGAUGAUGGGAUUGUUGCAGACCCUGGAAGGCUGUCUUUGCUCCCGAGCUUCUACGACUGGUCCAGAGGAGUUUAUGACAUUGGUGGAAGGAGUUGCAAAGUUUUAUAGUACCCUACUGAAGGUACUUUUCCAGUCCCGCUGUGCAACCACCGUCGAGGCGUGCACAUUACUGCUAAAGACCACUCUCGAGGAAUGCGAUCCUGUCGUUGCAUCUAGUAUUCGCGACAAAGCUUUAACGGAGGGUAUCGUGCUUCGGCAUUUAUACCAGGGCUUGUUUGACGAAUCGUUCGACCAACGGUGCGUAAGCCGGUAUUUGGUGUCUCUCUGGAUGAGCCACCACGACGGCUCCAAACAACUCCUGUCGCGGAUGAUCCCUCCUGGGUUUUUCUUUAUGCUCAAUGAGCCUCCUGGAACGCCGGCUCAGAUUGAGGACUACGAUCACCUUGAGCGCGAAGCAAUGGAGGCGGAGCGACAAGAAAACGCGCUAGAGUUUAAUGAUGACGAUUACGUGUCGUCUACUAGUGAGUCAACGUUCCAAGGCGGCUCAAUCGACUGGCAAUCUGGCGGUGAAACGAGCAGUUUUGCUGGCUCGGAUAUCCCUCCGGAGAAGAUUUCACAAAAAAGUAUGUCUACGGGAGAUAUUGGCUUGCGCAAUGGACAAGGUGGUCUCCAAGCUGAAUCGCGGCGUCUAUUGGUGUCAAACUUACCCAUUCCAGAGAAUCGUUCUUCCUUCUCGGGUGAACGUCCAUCGUUGACGUGGAGUGGCAACGGACGCAGCUCUUUUGAAACGCCGAUAGAGAACGGUCAAUCCAAGGCUCGAAUGCUCCGCAAGCUGAAGAGUUCGGUCGACGGAAGCUCGGCAAGCAAGCGAUCAGCGAAUAACUCGGCCCGUGAAAACAAUUCACGCAGUUCCAGUCAUGAUCGAGCACCUCGGCUUCGAAAGAGAGAUGUUGCGCUGAGUUUCUUAGGCGCCCUGGGCGGAAAGAAAUCACCAUCUCACAAUGGACACCGGUCAUCGAGAGGAAAGCAUCACGCAAUGUCACGCUCAACCCGAGCCCAGGAAAACUUCCGUCUUCUCUUUCACAUGCUCAGCCUGGAUCACGAGACCGUCGACAUGAUCUGGAACAAACGAACUCGUGAGGAACUUCGACAAGCUCUGUACACCGAACUCAAGCGUUUCACCCGAUUCCAGAUCAAUAUCGGCGGCAUGAAAGCUCGCUGGAACUACGAAGAUUUUGGGGUGUCAUACCCUAGCCUUGCCGAUGAGGUUGUUGUCGGAGGGUGCUACAUCAGAAUUCUGGCGAAUUUGCAAAGCAAAAUGUCCUUCUUCGGAACAAUAACGGAGGAAGACGACUUCACUAUGCUGACCCCCGAACAAGUUCCGGUUCGAAACCCUGCUGCAGUCUUAGCUGCGCUGUACGUAAGAAUGCUGCGCGAAAACAUCCAUGCUGAAUUCCGAGACGAUUUGGAAACGUCAGUUCUUUGUAUCAAGAGCAUGGGGGUUGUGGCAGCUGCUCAUGCCGGAUUCGUAAAUGCCGUGAACUUCGACGAGGUUGGGCACUUGUGGACGCUGAUGAGUGAGACUGUGCAUGCGUCGAUGCUGGAAAACUUUCUUCACACGGUGCGGGCACUAUGCUUACACCCCGGGAACGCACGGCGUGUGUUGAGCGAUGAGCACAACCUCGAGCUCGCAGUUCAGCUACUCCAACUGGCACACGCGACAAACCGUGAGUUUGGAGAUAUUACCGAGCCCAAGAAGCUUUGGAUUCUUGAAACCACAGAAGGAGAGCAGCUUGGUCCGUUCAGCGUGAACGAGCUGAAGCAGAAGCGAGAUGAGGAGCACACGGACAUGAGCUCGUUUUUGGUAGCGCGUCAAGAUGACCCAGCGUGCGAAACGGUAACAACAAAGGCGAAAGUUAUGGAAAUUGCCCAGUUACGCUGGGAGGUGGGGAUUCUUGGGGGCUUGCACCCGCUUCAGAUGGCGCACGACGCUGCCAGCGUUUUGCUCUCCGUUGCGCACAGCAACUCGUUGUUGGGUGGCAAUAGCACGCAUGGCGGUGACUUUGCGUCACCUAUCUUCCCUCCUCCUCGGGGAAAGACGACGCUAUGGAAGUAUGCCCGUCAAGUAUUACCCGUUCUGGUUCGCGGCAACCACCCGAAGCUGUGGGAAAAGGUUGCCAUGCUACUUGACUUUUUGUACACUGACCGGCAACCAAUUGGAGGCUCAAUCGAAGAAGACGCGACGAACAGGUCGUCUCUGUUCUCCUGGGGUCUCUUUUACUUGGCGUUCAUCAGUGAAAAGUCGGAUUUCAAGGCUAUGGCUGGACUCCUCAAGUCUACGCACCACCUCCAGGCAGGUUUCAACGGAACAAGCGCACUGAAGGGGAUCCUCCCCCAAGACAUGAUUAGUUUGCUGGAACGAUCGUCUCCAUCUGCAUUUACGAAGGUGUUUUGCGAAGGAGAACAGUCGCCUCUAGUGUUUUGGAGCCCCGAAAUGCGAAAUCACCUACAGACCUUGUGCCAAGCGCAUUUGCAAGAUUUUGCCGAGGUUUUGGAAGAAGAUACGUCACGGAAGUGGAGUUUCUGUCCGAUGGCACCUGUCGCCUUCAAAGAGCUAGCAGCAGAAGUGUGGUGUGGUGGAGUUUAUUUGGGACAGUUCUGUGAGCAUGAAAACUUUGCUGUUUCGGAUCCAUUGGACUUCAUGGACAAUUUGACAAUGGCAUGGCGUGUCGAAGUGAGUCGGCAAGAUGCUUCGAUUGAUGCUGCCCAAGCGCGACAAAUAUUGGGCGUCACCGAGGAGGCUGAUAUCCAGAAUCUUGAUGCUACCUUGCGUGCCGGAUUUAAGGAGAAGGCAAGAGCUUUGGUUCAGUCUAAUAUUUCUGCGGCUGAAUACAGCGAAAGGCUGGACGAGUUGCGAGAGGCAUACCGAGUUCUUACGUGCCCACGACCAACGUUGCUAUCAGCUGGACAUGACCCUGAGAACUUGUUGCUCUUGCUUCAUUCACUGGUCAUUAUGUGCAACCGCUACCCAGAAGAGCUCGCAAACUAUGAGUUCGAUGCUUACGAUCUCUUACUUCCGCUGCUGGCAGCCCAUUGCACAGCCGACGGCACUCUUCCUGAAGGCACAACAACUGCUCAGGCCUUGGAGAUCUCAGUCUGCGCGGCCGAGCUCGUUUACAACACGUGUGCUGUAUCCGUUGCGAAUGGCGAGUUGCUGCUUGAGCAACCGGACUUGGACACCUUGGAGAAGGCUGUGAACUAUUGUGUCGAUUCGAUGGUUGGUUGUGAAGCAGCUGCGAAUCCAGAAUUGCUGGAAGUCUGCUUCGUUUUGCUUCAAACUAUAACGGGGCUGCUGGCCUCCUCUCGUGGACGCGAAUGGAUUGCCGAGUCGUCAACGUUGCUGGUGGACAUGGUUCGUAUUCUGUGGUUGUGGAAUCAUGCUGGGGAAAAAUCAUUUUUGCUGUCGAAGCUCACGCAGCAAGUUCUUGAAGGUAUAUCGAGGAUGACUCAGCUGUCAAAGAACCAGGACCGUCUUGUGAGGGCUGGUGUGCUAUGGCAAUUGUUCAUGAUGUUUUCUACAUACGACGUGGAGUUGGACGAUAGUACCAUCAACACUCGUUUGCACCAGAGUCUAGGCUCUGAGGAAGAGGAGUUUGCUGUUGUGGCCUUUGAAGUGCAGAAUCUAUUGGCGAUCAUGGCUGUUCGUGCUCUCUGUAGAGUUGGAGGGCUGUUCGCUGAAGGAAGUGAGUUUCAGUCUCCGUGUCAUCGGUUGGUCAGGCACGUUGUGGACUCGCUGAUGACCCCGAACCUGUCCGAGCUGCUGCUACUCAGUAGCCACCACGAAUUCCUGAAGAUCUUCCACGGAGAGUGCGAGUCAUACACGCUGUUCUGGAACGGCGAUAUGCGCCACGAGCUGACAACUUUUGUUUCGCCGCGGGCGGGCAUUGAGCCUACAGUGUCAACAGAUGAACACUACGUUGAUGCCAUCAAGUUCCGGUUCAUGUAUCUGGCGGAUACCUUCUACGUUGGCGGCCUCUACAUCGAGAUGCUCAUGGGAAGUCUUCUUGUCAUCGAAAAGAGCUUGGUUCCAGCGCCAGUAGCUGAGCUGGGUCUGACUGAGAAGUUCUUCAAGGAAUCAUUCUCGUUUAUCGACAACGGCGAACUGGUUUGUCCAGAAUAUGUGGACGACGAGGGAAAUGUUGAAAAGCUCCCUCCUUAUGCUGGAUGGAAUGUCGGCGAAGAACAGUUAACAACGAUGGGCCGAGUUACUGCUCUGAACUGCUUGUCGAUUACAACCUCCGUGGCGCCGGCGUUGGUGGAGAAGAACCUGGUCGCUAACGACAGCGCAAUGAAGAUGAUAUUGCGUCUCUUGUUCCCUCCUGACAACGAAGUUCAUCAGAGUGAAGAUGCCGAGAAGAGUUUGGUGCUGACUCCGCAGCUUUAUGUCCCGUGCCGACUACAUUGCCUUGCGACGUUGCAAGUGGUGUCGACGCUAGAAGGUUUCGGAGCGGCUUCGCUAGAAUUUGGGAUUUGUGAUAUUCUCAUCGAGCUGGUUCAUAUUUGCCCGGAUGUGGGGCCCGAGGCCCUUGGAAUUAUCCGCAAUUUGUGUGCUGGUGGAGCAGCUGGGCAUUGCGUGUCAGAAAUCCUUCAGUCGGGAGUCUACUUGGAGUUUAUUGGCUGGGUACUGCUUGUGGAGGAGACCAUUGUUGACGAUGAAUUUGACGCUGCUGAGCGGUUGCGUGUCCCAGCGGCGAUGGUUCUUUCCGAAAUGGUCAAGGACGGCGCGCCAUUGAAUAUCGAGUCAAGGCGCACUCUAUGUCGCUUCUUCCCCCCUGCUAUUGUUCGGGCAAUCGCUUCAAGCCCGGAUACGAUCGUGGAGUACAUUAUGGCCGACCACAAGACACCCGAGCUCGUCUGGAAUGUUGAAUUCCGCAACCACCAGCGCAACUGCAUCGUCAACUUCCUCAACAUUUACUUUUCGUCAACGUCAACAACUGAAACGGACGAUGGGAACUUCACAUCCAUGGUGGACUCGUUCGAGGUCGACUACACUGGUCUCUUCCCAGCUCCGAUGGCCGGCAACGUCUACCUCACGCUGUUCAUGGAGGACCCAACUUUCAACCUGCACGACCCUCUGUACUUUAUGACGUGCUUAUGGUCCGAGUUUGAAGUGCUGUUCAGACAGCUUGCACAUAUGACAUCGGCGCUACGCGCUACGAUGAGUCGUGCCGAUGACGAGCUGAUACAGCGCGACAUCGACCUGGUCGACCUGGUUGGGUCAGCACUGGUGUGCCUCCUCCAGGUUGAAACCUCGUUAUUGGGGAAGGUAGCGGAGCUGCAGAUCUCUGCGCAGUGCUGUGGCUACCUGAACGACACCGUGCGUUCGCAAGCGUGUGAGCCGUGCGUGGUCAACGUCGUGCGGAUCUUGCGAGUAUGCACGAUUUCCCGGACGUGCAUCGAGUCGAUGCAGCCGAUGUGCUCCACUGCGCUGUCGUGCUUGAUGGCAGUCGUCAAUCCAGCUCGAGGGGGUCCACUGCACUACGAGAGUGCGUUCGUGCUGGAAAUGAUGCGGCGCAUCAUCUUGCAGUACCCAGAGCACGGCGACCGCGACGCAGGCGCUGGUGUCGUGUACCUCGCGAGUCGUCUGGAUCUGUUUGGGUUCCUGCUGAAUAUUCUCGAGAACCCCGACGGGGUCGGCAAGGUGAAGGAGCCGCACAUCGUGCGCGCUGAAGCGAUCGAGAUCUUGAACAUGCUGGAAAAGGACCGCGUCCAAGGCAGCACUGCCCACCAGAUACUGAAGAAGCACAAGAAGUGGCAGAAGAUCUACCGCCACGAAGCCACCGCCGUGGUCACGUCCAUGUCGACCGAAGACCCAUUUUUGAAGCCCCUCUUCCCCGAGGCAGACCGCGCCAUGCGCGAGUACAUGCGUAUGAACCCACGCCAUAGUUCGGUCGUGUAG